AUGUGGAUUACAUCAGUCGUUCGCAGAGGGUCCUCCAGCUUGCUUUUUUUAGAGAAACUAAUUAAGAACGAAUUUCCAGGAAACAUGAAGCUCUUCGCAAUUGUCCUGUUGGCCAUGGUGGGGUCUGCGUUGGGGGGCGUCGUUACUUUCGAGAGAUGCGGCGGCGUAGGAACUCUUACGCAGCUAAGAGUAGAAGAUUGUGAAGGAUCAACUUGCCGUCUGAAUCCUGGCACCCCAUAUGUAGCUGAAGGAGACCUGAUCCCGAGCAGCGCCUCCAGCCAACUGCAUCUCAAGGUCACAACUACUUAUUUCACUGGAGAAGUAACUAUUAUCGAUACGAACCUGGACAACUCAUCCGUCCAGCCAGGACAAACUUACACUAUCAGAUUCACCAUUGUUCCAAAUGAUGUCUUGGCCGGAAGUACGCUUCCCAUUAGGGCGACAAUUUCAGACGUAGCUACUGCACGUGUAGAGAUUUGUGCUCACUUCCAAGUCUUUGUAAAUUUUCCCUAAAUUAAACACAUAUCAUCCUGUUUUCUAGUUUUCCGAAAUUCCAAAAUACCAAAUGACUUAUUGUAAUUAGUAAUUAAUUUAUGAUUAAUGAAUCUUAUAAAUUUAAAUUUAAAACGAUUAAAAUAUUUUAGUUCUCAAAUUAACAAA